AUGGAGGUUUCACGUAUAAAAUAUGAGCAGAAGAAUGCUAGAACAGUAGAUGAAGAUAGAAUAAGCAAGCUGUCAGAUGAUCUGAUUCAUCAGAUACUGUCUUAUUUGGAUGCUCGGUUAGCAGUUCAAACCAGCGUUCUCUCGAAACGAUGGAAGCUUGUCUGGACUACUCUCCCUUUUCUCAAUUUCAAUGAGUAUAACUUCGUAUAUUGCAAGUUCAUGAUCCAUGUCUUCACUAGGCGGGACCAUAUAUCUGGGAUACUCAAACUCCACCUGUUUCGUACUAAUGUCUGGUUGUUUCAAAAGUAUAUUAAUUACGCAGUUUCACAUGAUGUUCAACACCUUACUGUUGAAUCAGACCAUCAUUGUUCAUUAUCUUCCUUCAACUCUAAGACCUUAAAAGAGCUUAAACUUACAAUGCCGUUUGAAUCUGAGGAUGUUACGAAAGGGGAUUGUUGGAGUUUACCCAACUUAACAACCCUCCACUUGAAGAGAAGUGCAUAUCGUUUUAAUUACAAACUUAAGGUUCACGAAUCAUGUUUGAACCUGCCUGCCUUGACAACUUUAGAUCUUACAUACUGUGAGUUGCCUGAAUCAUUCAGUCUGCCAAUGUUAACAACGCUAUGUCUGCAAUGGUGCACUUUGCCCCAAAAGGUGUGGGAUCUUCCAGCUUUACGAACUCUCCAGCUUGUUGAUAUGGUCUUUCCUGAGGAUAUGAGUGACUACUUUCUCGCACUUACCAGUCUAAGGACUCUUGUCAUUGAUUUUGCCUUACAAUAUGUCAGACCUCUUGUUAUAUCCAGCUCUCAUUUGGUGAAUCUAAAAAUUAAGGUCAGCAUAUCUUCUGUAUAUAUACUUGAGCACAAAAUUGUGGUGUUGGCACCAAAACUGUGCAAUUUUGAAGCUAUUGGUUUCUUUCGGAUGGUCUAUGGAGGUUCUGAGUUGGAGAAUGCAAUUAUUAAAUUUUGGGAUCGUCCAUUAAGCUCAACCACUUUGCGACACUAUCAAGAUAUGAUUGAAACUAUGUUCUCCCAGCUCGGUAGCACCAAGAUUCUUAGUCUUGACUUGGUGACCAUUCAGGUACUUUCUCAAAACCCAGACAUUGUUGCACAUUGGCAUUGUCCAUUCUAUAACUUAAAGUAUUUGAAGCUACCACGUGGAUGCGAAGAAUCAAGUGUAUCUAGUGCUGUCAGGAACUACUUACUCGGUGGCUCUCCUUGUGCCAGCAUUGUCAAACCGAUGCCACAGGUAUUUUAUUUCACACUCUACUAA